AUGGAUACAGCAACAGUCAGCUUGAAAGCGCCGUUGGCGCGCCAGGCAGCAAAUGAGCAUCAAGAACAGAUCGGAUUCUUCUGCACCACUUUCAUGCGAAUACACUUCGCACUAACCAUGACAUGUAUGGUUAAUUCUACAGCGUUAGCAGUAAAGAAUGAAGCAAAUUCGAAUAUCACACUAAUAGAGGAGAUCGAUCUGGUGUCCAAUGGGAAAUGUGGUGCAACAGAUGAAGAUGGUCAUCAAAAGAUAGUUGUGGAUUACGGUGGAGAACUAAUCUGGACGAGCUACGAACAAAAUCUGAUUUUCUCUGGAACAUUCUGGGGCGCCCUGGUUACAGUACUCCCUUCUAUGUUCUUCAUCGAGAGAUUCUCACCACGUCAUGUCCUUCAGAUAGCUGUGGCUGUAUAUAUUGUGAUUACUGUAAUUACACCGUUUCUGGCGACUCAUUUCGGAUAUUUUGCGGUUUUUAUUGCGAGAGUUGGCAUGGGAUUGGGAGAGGGUUUCAUAAUCCCCACCAACAACGCAAUCAUCGGAAAUUGGUUCCCAAGUUCUGAAAAAAGUACAGCAUUAUCGAUAUUCACACUCGGCAACCAGAUCGCAUCGGCCGGUGGGAGUCCGGUAGUAGCGGCGAUUUGUGCAUCAGAGUUGGGAUGGGCGGCCACUUUUUAUUUUGCUGGAAUCUUCGCCACAAUCUGGUCAAUAAUUUGGUUUUUCACCGCCUCGAGUCACCCGUCUAAAGUGAAAAUGAUGACGAAAAAAGAGAGAGAAUAUUUGCUAGAGAAUGUUGUCAAAAAAGUUCAUAAGUCUAAAAAAUCUCCAUCAGUCCCUUAUGCCAAAAUCCUGACGUCUUCCGCAUUCUUGGCACAACUUCAGUGCCAAUUUUUCGUCAAUUUAAUCAUGACACUUUUUCAAAUCUACCUUCCCGCCUACUUCAAGGAAGUCCUUCAUUUGGGAGUUAUUGCGAUUGUUUGGGGGAUUGGGAUUGAUAAGUGUAAGGAGAAGAAGAUUUUGAGCGACACGGCAGCGGUGAAGAUUUCGCACGGAUUUGCCAGCUACGGAGGUGCAUUCUCACUACUCCUUCUCGCUUUCUUUGUUGACUGCUCGAAUCCAACGACUGCACUUUUCAUAUUCUGUCUGAUGUAUUGUUCGAUGGGAACUUUUGUCAGUGGAUUCUACACUUCAUUACUCAGUCUAGCACCUCAAUACACUGCGACAAUGUCAGCGAUUUCGAUGUUUUGUGCAAUGAUUGGACGGUUGUCGACACCAGCGUUUGCAAGUAUUUUGAGGAAAGAGGGAACCGCUUCGGAAUGGCAAAACAUCUUCAUCGGACUAGCUGUAGCCCAUAUUAUCUCUGGCUCUAUUUUCCUGGUUUUCGGAUCUGGAGACCUUCAAGAAUGGGCAAAAACAGAAGAGCAAGAGACAGAGUUAUCGGAGAAGGAGAAACUAAAAGCAGUCGAAGAUGGAGUUGUUGAGGAAGUAGAUGUGAGAAUAGAGAGGAUUGCAACAUUGGUGAAAGAGGAUUCUUUGUGUCUUUGA